AUGGCUUCUGAUCUUCUCAAACCUCUAGCGGUAUUUUGCAGUCAAUCUCAGUCUCAGCGAUACAUAAAAGCUGUCAGUAACCUUGGCGAUGCAUCGCGCAGCCUUGCUGAAAAGCCUCUGUCCAAGUCUGAGGAAGACUCUAUUCUGGUGGAAACCAACUUUGACUUUGUUUUGAAAAUCACGAAUACACUGGAAGAACAAUGCCAGUCAACGUCAACUAUUGUCGAAAUGUCAGCUCACGAGCCAUCUACAUCGCUCUUAAACGCUUCAUCUGAAUCAUCUCUAUCAACCAAGUCAUCUGCAACCUCUCUGUCGACCAGGCCAUCUACAGCAACAGAACCUCCGCGACACUAUCGUAUCUUUGCCGAUUAUGGCACGGAUUUUAUCUGGCGAGAUCCCGAUGACCUUAUGCCUGAGGAAGGGGACUGUAUGUUAGAGGCUGAAGAGGUACUCUCUACAUUCCCUUCAUCAGUCUUGGAAUCAUACAAUGCGUGGGUAGACACGUACACCGAUAACUUCAGCGAAAGACGCGAUAAAACUCAAAAUUACUAUGCUGAUGUUUUUCUAACUGCGUCCGAGGAGGUGGCUUGGAACGUGGCAGGGUUUUUGUUGGCUUGGCGUAUCACAUUAGCGCCUCAGGUUGGGAGAAUUGAAUUUAGCGCCGGUUGUUCAAAGUACCUUCUAGAGAAAGGGAAGGAAACCAGCGCGACUUUGCAAUUUUUACAGAACCAGGUGGAUAUUUUAGCCGAAGGAAAGGGGCCAAGAAUGCAAUAA